AUGGCUCUUCCACCCGAACUCGACCGUCAGAUAGACGUUCUGCUCAUCGACAACUUUGACUCCUUCACCUGGAACCUAUACCAAUCCUUGUCCCUCCUUGGCGCAGAUGUCACCGUCGUUCGGAACGAUGCUAUCGCGAAGGACCAGCUACCUGCUCUCAAGAUCAAGUUCUUGAUUAUUUCCCCUGGCCCCGGCCAUCCUGCUACGGACUCGGGCAUAUCCCGCGAUGCCAUACACUAUUUUACUGGCAAGGUCCCUGUCCUCGGUGUAUGCAUGGGUCUACAAUGUCUCGUGGAUGUCUUUGGCGGAAAGAUUUCUUCCGUCGGUGAGAUCAAGCAUGGCAAAGUGAGUCAUAUUCGGCACGACGGGCGCGGUUGCUUCACGGGCAUACCACAAGGGAUUAAAUCCACUCGGUAUCACUCUCUCGGUGCUGGCAUGGCUACCCUUCCUCCCGUCCUCGCCGUCACCGCCACCACGCAGGAGAGCGGCAUUAUCAUGGGCGUGCGGCAUCGCCUUUACACCCUCGAGGCUGUGCAAUAUCACCCAGAGAGCAUCUUAUCCGAAUCAGGUGAUACGCUCGUGAAGAAUUUCCUCUCCCUCCGUGGUGGCAAAUGGCAGGAGAAUCCUACGUUUCAUGUCCUAGAUCGCGACCUCCCGCCGUUCUCCGUAGAUCCCGUGGACGGAGCAGCAAAGCCCGCUGAUAAAGUGCCGACCAUCCUAGAAAGAAUCUACGCACAGCGGAUGAAAGAUGUCGAACUUGCCAAGAAGACGCCAGGGACGACGCCAGAGGAUCUAGGUACAUUCCUCGCCAUGAAUCUCGCACCGCCAUCCGUCUCUUUCCUUUCUCGUCUUAGGGAUGCUGCUCGAAAGCCGGCCCUCAUGGCGGAGAUCAAGCGUGCCAGCCCAUCCAAAGGACCAAUAGCGAUGGCUGCCAACUCCGCUGAGCAAGCACUGACCUAUGCGCUGGCUGGCGCGUCCGUCAUCUCAGUCCUCACCGAGCCGACGUGGUUCAAGGGCACGCUUCUCGACAUGCGACUCGCCCGCCAGGCCAUCGACACACUCUCCUACCGUCCUGCCGUGCUCCGCAAGGACUUCAUCUUCGACGAAUAUCAAAUCGCAGAGGCACGUCUCCACGGCGCGGACAGUGUCCUGCUCAUUGUCGCCAUGCUCCCUACUCCCCGUCUCACUGCCCUCUACGCGUACGCGCAAUCGCUUGGGAUAGAGCCACUGGUUGAGGUGAACAACGCGAGCGAGAUGGAGAGGGCGAUUGAGCUGGGUGCGCGCGUGAUCGGGGUGAACAACAGGAAUUUGCACAGCUUCGAGGUGGAUAUGAACACCACUAGCAGACUUGCUGACAUGGUGCGUGAGCGCGACAUCGUGCUCUGUGCGCUGAGCGGAAUCAAGGAUGCCCACGACGUGAAGGCGUACCAGGAUCAGGGUGUUGGUGCGGUGCUGGUGGGUGAGGCGCUGAUGCGCGCGGCGGAUACCAGCAAAUUUAUCCGACAACUCUUGGAUUGGCCUGAGCCUGCGCAUGAACUCAUUGCCAUAGACAAGGCUCCUCCACCAUUGGUCAAAAUUUGUGGAAUCCAGAGCGUAGUGGAAGCUUUGGGUGCGAUGGACGCUGGGGCUGACAUGCUGGGCCUGAUGUUUGUGCCUACCAGCAAGCGAUAUGUAUCUCUUGCCCAGGCGCAGAAGAUCUCUGCUGCCAUCCACGCCGCACGCCUGUCACGACCUGCACCGAACACCUCACGAAACGCUACUGUGAAUGAUCAAACGAACCGCCCUUGGUUCGCCGCAAAUGCAGCGCGCCUCGGCAGUGUGUUGUCCUCACCAGACUCACCUGCUCGCCCCCUCCUCGUGGGCGUCUUCCAGAACCAGCCUCUGACGGAGAUCGUCGCCGCGAUUGCUUAUGCCGGUCUUGACAUGGUGCAGUUGCAUGGCUCGGAGCCUCCCGAGUUUGCGCGCCAUAUACCUGUGCCCACCAUCCGCGUGUUCCACGUCGACGUGCAAGGCAGGGAUCUCGCUGGGCUGACAACCCCGGGCCUCAGCGAGUUCGUGCUGCUGGACGCUGUCAAAGCAGGUAGCACCGAUGGGCUCAGCGGAGGAUCAGGACAGAGCGUGGAUUGGACUAUUGCGCGUGAUGUCGUGAGAAAAGGAGAAGUCUCCGGACCAAUCGUACAACAGGGGGGCGAGGACGGAAAUGUAGAAGUUCACAAGACGAUGCCGAUCGGAUUCAUGCCGAUUAUUCUUGCAGGCGGCCUGACACCGGAGAACGUGCGGGAAGCCGUGGAGGUCAUAAAGCCCUGGGCAGUAGAUGUUAGCAGUGGGGUGGAGGUGGAUGGAGGUAGGGGGAAGGAUCUAACGAAGGUGCGAGCCUUUGUGCUGGCUGCAAAGGGCUUAUAG